ACCCCAGGCCGGGAAUUCUCCUGCGGCAGCUCCUCUCUUUCCCAGCCUUUCCCAGCCUUUCCCAGCCUCUCCUUCCCAAAUCAGCCAUGGCUCCCAAGAAACCCGAGCCUAAGAAGGCCGAGCCUAAGAAGGAAGAGCCCAAGCCAGCGCCUAAGCCGGCGGAACCAGAGCCCAAGAAAGAAGUGGAAUUUAACCCGGCUUCGGUCAAAGUGGAAUUCAGCCCCGACCAGAUCGAAGAAUUUAAGGAAGCGUUUUCCCUCUUCGACCGGACCCCCAAGUCGGAGAUGAAAAUCACCUACGCCCAGUGUGGAGACGUCCUGAGGGCUCUGGGGCAGAACCCGACCCAGGCCGAGGUCAUGAAAUUGCUUGGCAGACCCAAACCUGAAGAGAUGAAUUCCAAGAUGAUCGACUUUGAGACCUUCCUGCCCAUGCUGCAGCACAUCGCCAAGACCAAGGACACCGGAACCUACGAGGAUUUCGUGGAAGGGCUCCGGGUGUUCGACAAGGAGGGGAACGGGACGGUCAUGGGAGCCGAGCUCCGCCACGUCCUGGCCACGCUGGGUGAGGAAAAACUUCCCUUGGGAAUUUCCAUCCCUCCCUCUUUUCCCUUUGUGUUUUAUUUCUCCGAUAAACAUCAGAGAAAUUCCCUUUGCCGUAAAACGAUCCCGAAAUUUCCAACCCCGCCCGUUCCCUCGGUUUGGUUCCGCUUCGCCAAAACGAAGCCAGAGGAUCCAAAUAUUUCAAUCAUCAAAUGA